UUCGGUCAUGAAAUCAGGCGGAAAAUCCGGUCAAGAAGAACUUAAGAUCUGUCAAGAAUGCCUUCAAGAAGGCUUCUGGUACCGAGCCGUGCCCUUAGUGGCCUUCACCGUCGGUGGUACGCUCUACUCAGCCCGUCGAGGAUGGCUUAAGCCCUCGACUCGCUUUGGCAUCUGGCCCAAAGUGAUCAUGCCAAGUGCUUUGAUGCUCGGUUUGGGCCCCCUCUCAUAUUUGUCGAGUUCCAGUUGCAAGAAGAAGUUUCUGGAGCGGACUCCCAACGGAUCCAUUGCCCUAACCAUCAAAAGCAGAGAACUUCCCGAGCCCGCUGCUGAGGACGUCAAGCCCAUCGAUGAGUAUGAUAAUACCAUCCGUAUCCCAGGGUUUGAUCAAAAUGGAAAGGAAAUGCCACCCUUGAGCCCAGAUGAGGUCAAGAUCUUCAAGGAGUGCAAUCGCGUGGCCACUGUGUACUUCAAUUUGCCGAGCAUGUUGGUGUUCGGUACCCUGGGGUUCGUGGGUCAAAUCAAGGGAUAUCUGAAAGAGAGUACGUUCUUCACGUCGCCUCGUUUCGCUCGAUUGCCCAAAACCUUCGCAGGAUUGGUGGUCGGCUAUACCCUGGGUCAACUGAGCUAUGCUGCCAGUGGACAUUGCUCGAACUUGUUCCUCAGGGACUACCCGUACACUAAUAUCGCCAAGUUCUUCCGGCGACAAGAAUACUUUGCGGCCCAUGGGCGUUUUCCGGGCGAGACUGUCCACACGCCCGUUACCACAGAAAGUGGGGAGACGAUCGUAGUACGUGACCCAAUGAAUCCCAACUCGACACCUUAUUCCACAGUAGACGACAUCCCGUUGCAAGAUGUUGUGCCGCGAUCCUAUGACGAGUUUCGUCAAUCUAGUCUAGAACGAAUUCAAGCCGAUCAAAAAUGAGAGCCGUGUAUGUUAAAGACACACAGCGGGGGUUUAUUGCAAAAAUAUAGAUGUAUGAAAACGUC